CGCCUCUCGAUGUUGCCCUUCGAUGCCACCCGUCAGUCGUCGUAGCGAUGCUUGUCGUGGCUGGAGACGUGGUCAUGGAGCUGCUCGAGCGAGGCGUGAACAUGGAAUAUGCGUCAGCAGAGCGUCUUGAUGAGGUGGUGCCCUUCGCGAAGGGGUUCCUGAAGGACCACUCUGAGUCGCUGGGCCUCGACAGCCUUCGCUGCUGUGCCGUAUUCCGCAAGCUGAUGAAGUCACGACCGAAGGACUCACUCACAGAGUGAGAUCGAACGAAGAGAAGGGGACAGCGCGAAGGAUUGGGUUUUUCGUUCUUCCUAUUUUAUUCUUCGUGCAGUGACUUUGAGAAGACUUCCAACUGGCAGGAAGUACACAAUGACAAAAACGCACAAUAGCCUUCACCCCCGCAUUGAUUGUCCAAUCGGUUCAGGCGCUCACAGCCAAUUUCUGCAGCGAUACAUCAGACGGGACCUUCCAAAUGUCACUUGAAGGCAAAGAGAGAGAGUGGUUUGCGGCGCUGGAGUCGGCAGAGCCUCUGACUGUGGUCACCCAAGGUAAGCCGCCCAAGAGACCUCCUCGUCUCUCUGUCAGUCCGCUCACGCCUCCUUCUUUCCUCUGCUGCCAAUAAUUGUGACAGCCAACUGCAUCUCUCUUGUCACAUGUCAUUGGAACAAAGAAUACGGAAACUGGAGCGUCAAAUUGUCACCCCGUGAUGUCUUCAUCAGCCGCGUGCUGUCAAUGCUCCUGAUGUAAGACUGCAACCAUUUGUAAAGAGACCCGCGGCGUGUCUGUCUGUGUGUGCUGCAGGGUAGCCUUUGUGCUGCUGCACAUCGAGUCGAUCAAGGGAGACAGCGGCAUGACGAUGGCGGCGGAGUGGCCGCAGGUGUGGCUGUGGGGGACAGUGCUGACCGGCAGCGGAUUCAUCCUCCUGGAAACUUUCCAAGUAAGACAGAUCAGAUGAGACAUGUCGGACUUAUCAACAAUGACAUGUGUCGUCCUUUGUGUGCCCUCUUUGUGUGCUUGUAUAGGGCAUCCGGCUUAAGGCAGCAUACUGGGCCGACUCAUGGUACGCGUCGGGCGUGCUAAGCUCACCGUGCAGGGGACUUCAUUUGUGGACUGUCGGACAUAGGAACUUUGUGGACUUCCUGAGCUCCGUGUCCAUCGUCGCCUUCGUUGCCAUCCACUUCAUGGGCUGGUCAAUAGAGGCAGAGGUCGGCUCAGGGAUCGUCAUAGCGCUGCUGUUUGCGCUGCGCCUCCUCCAAACGGCCAGCCUGCACCCAAGCGUGGGACCACUCAUACUGUCAGUGAGAGAGACAAAGACACACUGACAGACAGAUGUCAUGUCUGAUGUUGUGUGUGAUGGAUGUGUGUGUCAGUGCGGUCGUGAGGAUGUUUUCGGACAUCAGCAUGUUUCUGUGUCUGUACGUCUACAUCCUGCUGGUCUUCGCGGUCGUCUUCACCCUCUUCUCGUCCUACGAAGACCACCAGUACUUCGGCUCCUUCGCCAAAGCCACACUCACACUGUACUCAAUGACAUCGACACACACAGAGAGAGAGCGCGCCAGUCGCCAUGCUGUUGGUUGGUUGGCUGCAUUCCAUUAGUUUCUACGCGGGUCUUGGCGACUUCACUGAGGCGCUGAACAACGCCAUCGAGAGCCACGACACGCUGGGGACCGCCCUGCUGUUCACAUACGUCAUCCUCUCCUCAAUCAUACUCGUACGUGAAGACCACUCACGCACUCAGUCACCAGUGGACAAGCCACACACUGUGGAUGACUCCCUGUCUUUCUCUCUCUCUCUCCGUAUCAAUAGCUCAACCUGCUCAUCGCCAUUAUGGUGGGACACAACACAAGGAACACCCCGCGUGCUCCUGUCUGUGUGUCUGUAUGUCUGUAUGUCUGUCUGUGUCAGGCGUCGACGUAUGCGGCCAUCGAGGAGACACAAACCGGCCAAUACCAGUAGGCGACAAGGGGACACAACCGACAAGAAAGACACGCCGGGGAGACAGACGACAGACAAAGAGAUGUCAGCGGGACAGCGAUACAUAAUAGCUCUCUCUCUCUCCGCUCGUGAAUGACUGAGUGCAGGCUGAUGCGCAUUCGCGUGUUGAAUGAGUACCUCACAAUGCCGCAGCACGAGCGCCUGCCGCCGCCAUUCAACCUCAUCGGUCGGUGCGACCGACAAGAGACAUCAACUGCAGCCAUCACCGUGAGCAUGAUCUGUGUCUGUGCAGCUGUGGUCGUGUCGCAGCCCCUGCGCUAUGUCGCCUCCCUCAUCAGCGGACAUCAGUCGGCACUCUGCCGCAUUGCCUUCUGGUCGAUGAGGGCUGUGUACUCCACCAUCGAUGCGCUCCUGAGCGCUGUCGCCUUCACACCCGCAGCCAUCUAUCGUCAACUGGAGGAGCUUCAACUAGCGAUACGAUUCCGAGACGACUGGAUUGCAGUCCGCAUGUUUCUUCGCAUCCUCUUGAUGCCCUUGUAUCUUCUGUACGAUUACGUCACAUCAGCAGAGGUGAGUCAUCUGAAAUCAGAAUUUUGUAUCCAGCGAUGGGAUUUUGUCCAAUUUCUUCCCUUGAAAGGAAUCUUCCGAAGAAAGUGAGGAGGUAAAAGCUUCGAGAGCCGAAAGGAGGCGCGAAACACACAGUUGGCAUAAAGCCACCAAAAGCUUCGAUAAGUGGAUGGAGGCUGCGGAUCAUCACGACUCCCACUUCCCUGACGUCAUGGCAGGUGAGACAGAGACUGUCACAGCCUGCCAACUGUGCCUCUUUCGGUGCUCUGCAGCCCUCAAACACUUUCAGGACAAGAAUCAGUCUUCUCAAUCCGAGACGCUGUCAGGUGACAAUGACAGUUUUAACAAGACAAACCAGUCAUCUCUGCCUUGCUGUGUCUGUACCUCAGUCUUGAAGAGGAUUGAUGAGCGGCAGACGAAGAUGGAGGAACGGCAAAUGGAGAUGGACGCGCGAUUGAAGAAGAUUGAGAACAAGGUGGGAUAGGAGGGGACACAGCGACUCCAUGGCUGUUCGGCAUGGCAAACGCACACACGGAGACUGGAGGGUGCAGCCACAGAAGACAGAUGGACAGAGAGAGAUGAGACGAGAAUAAAUACAUUUAUGUAAUGUACCCUGGGUGGAUGGAAAACCUGCGUAUGCCAAGAAAUGUGCAAACGAUAUAAU